AUGAACCACAGAGCCUAUGUCUUGAGCUGGUUUCCCGGUCUGCAAAUACUUGAUGGCGUGGAGCCCACCCAACAAGAGAGGCAAGUCAACUUUGAUUUGCUGGUUCCUAUUGCUAAGCCUUACGAUGACCGAUGUGGACCUUCAUAUGCACCCCAACGUGAUCUCCACCAUCACGCCUGGGAACACCAGGAAGUUCAGGUCAAUGGUCACAACCAUCAGGCGUACGAUCCGACGCACCAACCUUGGCUUUUAGAACCGCAAAAACCUAGCGUCAAAGCAGAUGCUUACACUGGAUUCUCUUCCCUUUUAAGCCAGGAGUACGGCAAGUUCGCGAGCGGGCCCGAUGGCAACUCGGUCUGUCCUGACCGGCAACAGGCCUUUCGGGAGCAAUCUAAGAUUCCAAUUCAUGCCUCAUCCAAUAGCCCACCCCAGUAUCAUCGCGUUUUUGGUUCUUCCUCACUGGCUACCUCCGCAGGCUCUCUCAUGUGA